AUGGCAUCGAAUGGUGGUGAAUUACCAACAUCCACCUCAGAGGAUUUCGGAUUCAAGCCUCUAGGGAAAUUGCAGCUGCUUCCCUCGUAUAAAGAGCAAUUACCCUUCUCUCAGCUGCAAAAUUUCGCUAUUUCAUCCAUACAGAAACUCUUUGCUGCUGCAUCCAAAGAUAAAGUCAUAGUGGGUUCAUUGCAAGCGCUGAGAGAUGCUACUGUGGCUGAAGGCGAUGAAGAAUCACAAAAGUUGAACAUCAUGUUAGAGAAAGAGCUCAAGGAUGUUGUAUUUACUGAAUUCACACAAGACGGCAAAAAGUCGAUAUUCGUUACUUUAUCUGGAACGGUACAUCUCUAUGACCUAGAAAAUAAGGAGUGGUCAACCUUUUCGAUCAAUAAACCAGGCCCUGGCGACGUUGUAUCUUCGGUGAAAAUGAUCCCGGGAAUAUUUGACGCUCUUCUCGCUCAAAUUGGUAACGUUCUUUAUCUUGUGCUUUUUAAUGGUCAAACGGAAUCAAUCAAUACAGACAUAGCAGCAUUUGACGUGGGUUUAAAGAAAUAUACAAUCUGGUCAAAGGACGGCGCUGUGAUUUUGCAUGAUGCUGCAACUAAAACAGAAAUUUCCAGGUUCUCUACACCUGAAGAUAUAGCUGAAGAACUCAAGGACGAUUAUCUGCCGGUCUCCAUCAGUUUCAUGUCCGAAAACCAUUUUCUUCUCGUAUAUGGAAAUGACGUUCGUCCUGAAGAUGAGGAAGAGGAGGCCUCCUAUGACCACAAGAUGUACUUUGUUAGUGUUGAUGGAGAAAAUGUGUCCUAUAAAGAAAGUUUCGACAUCGCUCCAGCUUUCGGAACUAUUUUAAGAGACCCUACAUACUACCAUUUGGUAUUAUAUGACCUAGUGCCAUCAGUCCCGCAUCUCUACAUUGUAACCUCAGCAUGCACUUCUGAGCUAUCGAUUGUAGAUGAUACAGAGGUCAUACAACCCAACCAAGAUAGCGACAGAGCUGUACUUCCGAUUAGUCAAGAGACAGAUAACGAUACAAACCCCAUAGGUAUUGGGUUGGAUAUUGUGACCUCAGGUGAUGUAGUGCAGCCAUGUCAAGGUGUUGAUUCGGCGUCAUGCCUACCGCUGGUCUAUGUACUGAACGACGAAGGUACUUUGCAGAUAUUUUCACUGUUUCAUUGUUCAGCGAUCAAAGCCGGGAACUUUGAUACUGCUCAAACGUUAAAGCGCUUCCAAGAUUGUGAAUCCGAAUCUCUGAUAUCCACUAAAAACGAAAAAGGAACUGAAGAUACUCAUAUCCAAUCACAAUCACCACAAUCACAUGAGAAUGACUUAACAGAGGAGAAGGAGAGCCUUGGAAAUGAUGUCGAGAUUAGUUCUGGUGUGGAAUUCUCAGAUAAAGAUACCUUAGGUAAAGUAUCAUCUGAUUCCAAAAAUCCUGAUACACCAUUAUCUGGUACGGGAGCCGUUGAAACGGGCUCCUCAUCGGUCAAUACCGAGGCAUCUAAAGCCACAUCCUCUCCGUUUGGCCAACCUAUAAAACCUGCGUUUGGGGUUUCCAAUGACAAUAGUAACAAAGUUACGUCCGGUCAAUUCUCGUUCGGUAACAAACCAUUCAACGCUGCAAAUGAUGAGAGAAGCGUACCUGCUUUUGGGAAGCCUGCAUUUGGUAACGCCGUGUUCAGCAGUGGCGCCAAAGUGGCUGAGAACUCGUCUCUAUCCAACGCUGCGCAGGGCACGCCUGCAUUUGGCACGCCUGCUUUCGGCGCACCUGCAUUCGGCACACCUGCAUUCGGAAGUCCUGCGUUCGGAACUCCUGCAUUCGGUAAACCCGCGUUUGGUAACCCAGCAUCUGAGGAAUCUGGUGUUCAAACUAAUAUCUCAGUAUUCGGGAAGCCUUCAUUUGGUACUACAACAUUCGGCUCUUCAAAUAAGAGUGCAAAAUCAUCACCUUUCGGCAAACCCACGUUCGGCGAUUCAACUGCUGCCAAGUCUCCUUUCGAAUCAGGGAAGGGCGGUGCACCUAGUGGAGACCAAACGAACUCUUCAUUUUCGAGCAAAAUGCCAACGGUAGAAAGUACUCCAGGAAAAACGCAUCCUUUUGGUAACUUUACUUCGGGGUCAUCAAAUGCUACUAAUGCUCUCUUCGGCCCCUCUGAUGACAAGAAGGGAAAGCCACUAUUCGGACAAAAAGGGGUUGAAAGUACAUCUGCGAAUAAACCACCAGUGGUUGGUACAAACUCUAUCCCAACGCCUUUUGGCAAGCCAGCGUUUGCUGCUGUAAAUAAUUCAACAUCUUUCGGAAAGCCAGCUUUUGAGACUCCUACGUCAAGCUCGAUCGAAGAAAGUAAAUUUGGGCCUGGGAACUCUGAAUCGAAAGAAGUGAAAGAAAAAGAAACCUGUUCCAAACCAGUUGGUGGUGAUGGAACAGCUAGCGUACCCUCCAUUCUACCUAAGGCCCAAGAAGAUAUUGAAGAGAAUAAAGAAAAAACUUCAGACAGUUCCGUAAAAGAAUCGAAGGUGGAAACUGUAACAUUUGGCCAGCCUAGCUUUGGUCAGACCAGCUUUGGUCAGCCCAGCUUUGGUCAGUCCAGCUUUGGAAAAUCCAGCUUUGGGCAGUCUACCUUCGGUAAGCCAAAUUUUGGACAGGCUGCAUUUGGCCAAGAUACAUCUGCAACCGCAAACAGCGCUUUUGGUAAACCAUCAUUCGGUGAUAACCUUUUCAAACCGCUUAAUGAAAAGGAGACACCAUCUCCCUUUUCGUCACUUGCAAAAAGCGAUUCACCAUUCUCAUCUUUUGCCAAUACGGAAUCACCGUUUAGUCAGUUGAAGAGUGGCAAGUCACCCUUCAGCCUUCAAAAGUCACCAUUCUCUUCUACCAAGAAAUCGUCAGAAUUUCCAGAUUUCAAUUCGAAACUAAACGCACAUAAACCAGCUGAAAGCCCAUUUUCGGGCUUCUCUGGACCAGAAAAGGAUUCAAAUACCCAAACUUUAUCAGAGGGCGACACUGCCUCUAAUUCAGAAAGCGACGGCACCCUUAACUCAGAUGAGGAUGGUGAUUCUUCUGAAUCGCCUUGUUCCACUAAAUCACAAGAGGAUAUGGUCACGAGUUUUGGAGACACCUCAGCCGAAAGCAAGCUUCUAAAGGUUGAUCAAAAAUCCAGUGAUAGCGAUAGCCGCAUAUCCUCUGAAUCUUCACAGGCCCCUAAAAAUGAUGUGCACGCUGAAAAAACUGAUACAGAUUACUCGUCCAUAACGGAACGCAUCAAGAAGGCGGCAAAUUUAUCUGAUAGCUCAUUUAUGGAGUCUUCUGUUUCACCAAACGUAGGAUCACCAAAAGUUGAGACGUUACCACAAUUCCAGUUUUCAGAUGCUUUAAAGUCAUCUCCGGCUCCAUCUUUUUCGUUCGCCAACCUGGGAAAAAAAGUAGCAUCGCAGCGAAAUGAAAAUUCCCAAAGUACAUCAGAUGAGACCAAGUUUCGCAGCAAUCAGAAAAAUAAUGCCAGCAAAACGUUGAAUUCGAAGCUUGAUCCGCAAUGUGAUAAGCUCACUACAACAGAACCUAUAGAAAAAAGGACCGACUCUGCCGAGUCUCUUUUCGCAAACAAUUCGGAGCCCAAUAAUGCAGGCCCUUCGAAAGAGUCCGUGUCCUCAAAGGUUUCUCCGCCGGAAAAUGUUUCAUCCAAGGAAGAAAGUCUCGAGGAAGUGGAACUAAAUUCGAGCAGUAAUGCCAGCGAGGAGUUUUCAGAGACUAACCCAGCCUCAUCAAGCAACUCCGAAAAGCGAGCUGGUACCGCCGAAAGCGAGUCGUUUGAUGAACUUGACGAUUUGAAGGAAGAACUUGAGCGCGUCAAAAAUGAAGAAAAAAGCCAACUCAAGGUAUCAUCGCCGGCUUUAGUUCCUAAAGGUAGUGAAGCUUCACGAGAGAUGACAUCUAAUGAAACCCAAACAUAUAAGGAAGUUGCGGAUGCUGAUAUUCAAACUGAACCUAAAGAGGUUUCAAACUUUGAGCACAAAACCUUCGAAAAUGAUGAAGUCUACCUUGCCACACAAAAUCCUUCGCGCCCAUUGAAUGAGUUUUAUGAUGGAGCAAAAGUGGUGGGUACUCCACAUAAAAGUUCCGAUGAAACUUUACAAAGGAUUGAAACGACGUACUCUACGGUUACAGCAGAACUCAGUGUUUUAGAGGAGAACCUCAACAACAUAUGUUCCUUUAUAAAGGAUCAAUCUUGUGUGCAUUUCAAGCGAACUGAAGAAACCAUUCAUCAAAAUUACUCAUGGCGAAUGUCCGAUUGUUCUACUUUAAACGAAAUCUUGAGUAAGAUUUGUAAAGCACUACGAGAGAAGUCAGCGAAAAUUUCAGAAUUAGACGGAGAAUCGAAUAAGUUCAAGGAUAGUACUCUGUCUUCGACCAAGAAGUCACAGUUUAGUUUAAGAGACCAAUACGAACAAUUGAAAUAUCUAUACAAAGAACAUACUUAUGAUGUUCGUGACUUGUCUCUAGAGCAGAGUAGGAUGCAAAACCAAUUGCGUGGUAAGCUUGCUAAAGUCCGGAUGUGCAUUCGUGAACUGGAAGAAACUCUGCAAGUCCUCAAGUUACACAGCAUAAGAGGGACUUCGAAUGGCUCUUCGGUCAUGAAAACCUUUGUUGAAGACUAUUCUAGACAUUCUGACUUAUUCGAAGUCAUUCAAUCCCUAAGAAGAGAAGUUGCCGAACUGCAAUUGGCAAGUAAACAUGAAUCGAGUGCUCCAUCAAAAGAUACGGACAUCACUUUGGAAGUGGCAGCUAUAACGGAGUUAGGACUGCGAAUCGACACGAAAAGACAAAUUGGCCAAUAUCUUUUGAGCAGAAAUACAUAG